AUGGCAACACAGCGCAAUGUCCACAAACCCCUCCUCUUCGAAAUCGCAUGGGAGGUCGCCAACAAAGUUGGAGGAAUCUACACAGUGUUAAAGUCAAAGGCACCGGUGACUUGCCACGAAUAUGGAGACAGAUACACCAUGAUCGGGCCCCUGUCCUACAAGACUGCUCCCCUGGAGGUCGAGACUCUCGAGCCCGACACUCCCGAACUCAGACUCACUCUCGAGUCCAUGAAGGAACGUGGUGUCAAGUUUCUUUAUGGUCGCUGGCUGAUCGAGGGUGCCCCCAAGGUUCUCCUCUUUGACACAGGCUCAGUCUACCACAAGCUCGACGAAUGGAAGGGCGAUCUCUGGAACGUCGCCGGCAUUCCUUCCCCACCAAAUGAUCAUGAGACCAACGAGGCCAUUCUUUUUGGAUAUCUCGUUGCCUGGUUCCUCGGUGAAUUCGUAGCGCAUGAGAAAAAGGCUGCGAUUAUUGCCCACUUCCACGAAUGGCUCGCAGGUGUGGGCAUUGCCCUCUGCCGCAAGCGUCAUAUCGACGUCACCACCAUCUUCACCACCCACGCUACCUUGCUCGGACGUUACCUUUGCGCUGGAUCCGUCGACUUUUACAACAACCUCAGGAGCUUUGAUGUCGACCACGAGGCUGGCAAGCGUGGCAUCUACCACCGAUACUGCAUCGAGCGUGCUGCUACUCACUGCUGCGAUGUCUUUACCACUGUCUCUCAUAUCACUGCCUACGAAGCUGAGCAUUUGUUGAAGCGCAAACCAGAUGGUGUGUUGCCCAACGGACUCAACGUCGUCAAGUUCCAGGCAAUGCACGAGUUCCAGAAUUUGCACGCAGUGUCCAAGGAUCGCAUCCACGACUUUGUCCGAGGUCACUUUUACGGCCACUAUGAUUUCGAUCUGGAGAACACCCUUUACUUUUUCACCGCUGGACGAUACGAGUACCGCAACAAGGGUCUGGACAUGUUUAUUGAGUCCCUCCAGCGUCUGAAUGAGAAACUGAAGGCAUGCAACUCGCCAAUGACGGUUGUCGCGUUUAUCAUCACCCCUGCUGAGACGCAUUCGUUCACAGUCGAGACCUUGAAGGGACAGGCUGUGGUCAAGCAACUUAAGGAGACUGUCCAUGAUAUCGCCAAGCGCAUGGAAACCCGCCUCUUCGAGAAAGCCGCUCGUGGAGGAGAUGUGAACACGACACAGUUUUUGACGAGCGAGGAUCAGAUUCUGCUGAAGCGCCGUACGUUCGCGCUGAAGAGAUCGACCCUCCCUCCCAUCGUGACUCACAACAUGGCUGACGACGACAAGGAUCCCGUCUUGAGCCAGCUGCGUCGCUUGGGACUGUUCAACCACCCCUCGGAUCGCGUCAAGAUUGUCUUCCACCCCGAGUUCCUCAAUUCCAGCAACCCACUUUUUGGUCUUGACUACGAGGAAUUCGUCCGCGGUUGCCAUCUCGGUGUUUUCCCUUCGUACUAUGAGCCUUGGGGUUACACCCCUGCAGAGUGCACUGUCAUGGGUGUUCCUUCGAUCACGACUAACCUAUCUGGAUUCGGAUGUUUCAUGGACGACAACAUUGUGGAUUCUUCAGAGUACGGAAUCUAUAUUGUCGAUCGCAGGAUGAAGUCGGUUGAGGAGUCGAUCCAGCAAUUGGCCGACCAGAUGUUGAUGUUCUGCCAAAAGUCGCGUCGCCAGCGUAUUAACCAACGUAACAGAACAGAGCGCUUGUCGGAUCUCUUGGACUGGAAGAGGAUGGGACUCGAGUACAUCAAGGCUCGCCAGUUGGCACUCAGGAGAGCGUACCCAGACUCGUUUGACGACGACUAUUUCGGGUUAGAUGAGGCAACUCAACAGCAAGUACAGCUCCAGGAACAGAGAACCAAGAUCCCCAACCCUCGAUCCGCUCCUGGAUCACCCCGCAUCAGGACUCCUCUUGAGGGAGUCGACACAGAGCUGACGUUUGCAAAGAUGUCGGCGCAUGAUCGUGAGCGGUAUUUAUCUUACAAGAUGCAGGGUCAUGACGAUGAGGAGGCUCUGAUGGACGAUGUCACGGCAAUGCAGAUCAAGAUUCCCUUCCGUCAGCGGCAGUCGACACGCGAGGAGAGGUUGGCCGAAGGAGACUUUGACGUCUCAGAGGCCGAAGUGGAGGCCGCUCAGGGCGACAUUGCACAGGUCGGCCAUGCUGCUGCGACGCAGAAGCAGUACAAGGAUCCCGUCGGAGGCGCCAAGAAUGGACAGUACUACCAGUCCGGCGCUGCUACUGUUGGAGGACACAAUGGAUCCUACAACAACGGCAAUGGAUAUCACCGUUAA